UUAAAGAGCCAUUUAAAAGUGUACGAGCAAUGAAGGGAUUGUUCACCCAAAAAUAAGAGGCUCUUCUGUACGGAGGAAUGAAGGAGUCGCAGCCGCAGGCCGAGGUGCAUUUGGAGGACACCCGCGCCGAAGCCUUCGGGAUGCUGCUGCAGUAUCUGUACACGGGCCGGGCCAGUCUCAGCGCCGCACGCGAGGAGGUUCUGCUGGACUUCCUGGGCCUCGCCAACCGCUACGGCCUGCAGCUGCUGGAGGACUCCACGUCUGAGUUCCUGCGCACGGUGCUGAGCACACAGAACGUGUGUCUGGUGUUCGACGUGGCCAGCCUGUACUCCCUGAGCGCCCUCGCCGCCGCCUGCUGCUCCUACAUGGACCGACACGCUCCGGACGUCCUGCU